ACUGUCGUUGAUGAUCUCAAACCAGAUUUCACGGAAACGGGUAAAUAUUCAAAAGAUCCCGAAUGUAUUUCACUCGCAUGGUCACCGGAUGGCACUACUUUGUUUGCUGGUUAUACAGAAAUUCUGUAUACCAUUCAAACUAUCUGGGAGUGGAACGAUACUGAUAAUGAACAAAUUAAUUCCUUUUGUCGUACAAUUGAAAGUAAAACCGGUACCAAAAUCAAUUACAUUAUAGAAAAACAUGUUUGUAUUUAUUGGUCAUUCGAAAGAAUGUCGUUUGAGAUUAAGGGUACUAAACAUGAUGAAUUGAGCAAAGCGUGUGACGAAUUGGUCAAACUGCUUAAUAAUAAAUCCAACUCCGCAAAGCCGGUCCUUGUGGUACCUCGUAAACCUAAAAAAAAAACGCGCAGAAUCUUGAGUGAUCCGGUUGGUCCACCUCCUGAUUUAUCGGAUGAUGAAGUACGACCAUUGAUUAUAAGCGAAGAUGAAGAAACCGAAGGACUACAAGACAUAUUUAGAUUCUCUAGCAUUGUUCAAGAAAUUGGCAAUGUAUUGGGAUGGAAUCGUAAAGAAACCUUCCUAAUUACCGAUUAUUGGAAAGACAUUUGUAGAGAUUGUAAUGUUACAGGUGAUGUAAUUCCAGAAGAAAAGCAAAUACAAAUUACUGGAGGUAAAAGGAGUGAUAUCGAGGAGGCAUUAAAGAGAUUAGAUCAAUUAGAAAAAAAUUAUCUUCAACCAACCCCAAAACCAAAACGGAUUCCACUUGUACAUUACCCAGAUCAAUCUGUAUUAUUCAAAUUGUAUUUUUGUCCCCUCCAAAAUCAUUCAUACUUUAGCAAGACGGUUAAACCUAUUGCGAAGGAUAAUUACAUACUUGUUGCGGCUAUAGGACAUCCAGUUACAAAAAAAUAUUUAGUACCUAGAGAAAACUUAAUCUCCGAUCCCAAUUUGCAACAGGAUAGUUAUUCACAUGAUAUUCAAUAUGACCGUAUGCAGAUGAAAUGGCAGGAAAGUAACAGAGAGGCAGAAAGGGCUGUAAAAGGAAAAGCCAAGGUAGUCUAUCCUCCCAGUAACCCUACACCUUCGAGGCUUAGUAACGAUAUGCAAUGGCCUUCCCAUACACCUGACGUAAAAUCAACAUCCACUUUCCCAGCCCCUACUUCUCGUAAUGACGAUUUUGGAUAUCAGUCCCAGAGAAAUAAUAGAGAAAGUUACCCUGGAAGUAUUUCACCUUCCACUCCAAAGAAACCGAAUGAAUUUCGAAAAUCAUAUGAUCAUACCAACCAAGUUUCAACAACCUUGAUUGAUCUUGAUACUGAUGAACAGUGGACGGAUACAUUUGAUGAGAACAAAGUAAUAGUAACCGCUAUUAAACCUAGGACCAAGCAGAUGUUUAAUCAAAAAAACCCUAAUAGCAAUAAUCGUCCGGAUGGACCCACUCCCGGGAAAAUGAUUCGAGAUUAUAACUUUACGAUUAUUAAAAAUGCAAUGAAAGAAGUAUUAGAGAAUGUACGAGUACAUAAAGGCGAGAUACGUUUUUAUGGAUGUUUGGGCAAAGUGAUGUUCCCUAAAGUUCCUGAACAAGUUAGGCGUAAGCUAUGGGAAUUUAAUGAUUUGAAAGACGUUAUUGGUUCAGAAUAUGGUGUAAACCCAAUGUUCAAUAGAAUUGCAACAUUCGACGACAAUAUUGUUGAGAAAUUUGCUCGGGUUCUUGGUCCAAAUUCUGCCCAAAAAUCUGCGCAUUUCGAAGUAAUAGCAGAUGCAACAAACACUCCACAUGGCGCUUAUUCUAAGGUUUUCAUGUAUGUUAAAAUGGGUUACGUGUCUUUAGAAAAAGUCAUGCUACCAUGGAAUAGCCCUGUAGAAAUAGAUUGGACGAUAUUAGAUCGAAAAUCCGAUUUCUCCAUGAUUUUGGCUACAAGACGCGCUAUUCGUCACGAUGUUAAACCAUUCAGCACAUUUAUCAAGAAGACAUCAGUUAGCCCAACUAACCAAAUGAUCACAUUCGAGAACGUUGGGGAUUUCCUUACUGUGAAGUCUAUUAACUUUAAACAAAUUACAAAAUACAAAUUGCACGAGCCUUUUGUCGCAGAGCUGGCUCGUGUCGAAAAGAUACCUCUUGUCGAACAAAAUAAUACUAAUAAAAUAUUAGGAAAGACUGGAUAUGGUGAAGUACAUUAUACAAUUGAGAUUUAUAACGAAAAACAUAGACAAUCAUUUGAACAGAACUCUAAGAUUAAAAGUGGUCAGGUUGCUAAAUGGACAGUAAACGAUAUUCUUGGUGCAGAGCCAAAUAAUUUGAAUUUGGUUGAAUUUGUGAAAACCAUGUUGUUAUUAGUUGAAAGAUGCCAUAAAGUAAUUUCUAGUGAAUCAUAA